GUAUAGACUUCUUUUUUUCUUUACUGGAUGCGACCUUUCUUCAAUUUUUACAGUGACAACUUGUAAAUGUGGAACCAGCCAUUACUGAGACAACGCAGCCAGGCAAAAGGAUAAACCAUGUCUAUAAUGAGGUAGUCCUUGGAUAGCCAUUAGGCGAUAAUAUGGAAGUCAACGCUCAGGGCUCGCGGCGUCGCCUUGGUGCUGCACAGCCUGCAGCUGCUGCGCCUCCAGCGGUGGCCCCUACCCCACCAGCGUACUCUCCCGCUGGAGCGGGCCCAGCUCCGGCAGGACCUUGGCAGCAGCAAAGACCUGUGGAUGGCGUCCAGCAGUGGGAAUCUCCAGGGGCUCCGCCAGCUGGGCUUAUCCCAGGCGCUGUGGGGAGUCCUGGGAGUCCUUCGCCGCAGCCGGGCUCAGGUGUUCACAGGCGACACAUAAAGCGAACCAUCCCUCUUCAAGGCGAGGUCCCGGACGACGCAUACUGGAGCAGUAACCGCUGGGGCCCACCUGGCCGCGCGGUUGUGUCGCAGCCGCCCAACACCCUUGAAGCCAAGAAGGCGAAGAAGCACUACCAGCAGCCCACCGCUCCCAUCACCAAGCCAGACUCCAGCGUGUUUGCGACCCUGAAUGACCUUGAGGUGCUCAUGCGGGCCACGUUGGGCGCCCUCGCCAACUUCAAUGAGGACGAACGCAUGCUGCUCACAAAGCAGUUCCGCAGGGAGGAGCACAAGGCGCGUCUGCGGGGGGAGUAUGCGCCGCCGGGACUCAUCAACACCGCUCAGUUUCGGCACGCAUGGAAGAAGUUCAGCAUUCGGGUAUCGGAGGAGCAGGCGAACGCGCUGUUCGUCAAGUACGGCUGUGACUCCCAGGGCUUGCUGCCGUACGACUUGUUCGCCACCAAGCUGCUUUCCAGCCCCAUGCGCUUGCUGGCCUUGGAGCCGGAGCAGAAGGGCCCCUACAAAGCAGGCCGCGACGCUUCCUUCCGCGGCAAGAUCACGUACCGCUACUGCCGCAAGCCGGUCUUCCCGCCCUCAGACUGGGACGGUGCACCCGCCCUGCGCUCGGCAAAGAAGCCCAAGCCCGGCCUCAAGCUGGAGUUCGUGUACGGCUACGGCGGCGUGGACAACACCGCGUCCAACAUCUUCUUCACGGGGGACAACCGGCUGGUGUACUACACGGCGGCGGUGGGCAUCGUAUACGACCCAGCCACCCACACGCAGCAGUUCUUCCAGGGGCACGACGACGACAUCAAGUGCCUGGCCAUCCACCCCGACCGCUUCACGGUAGCAACCGGUCAGGUGGCGUCUUCCCUGGACGGCACGUACGACAACCCCUUUGUGUGCGUGUGGGACGUGCGGGACCCGCUGGGCCUCAUCUGCCGCAUCCCCUUCCCCUCCGACGGUGCACCCACCAGGUACAUCGUGGCACUGGCCUUCUCCGGGAAUGGGCAGCGGUUGGUUGCGGUUACCGCUGAUAACCGCCACACCGUCAACGUCUUCCACUGGAAGACCAAGGCGCUCAUCCACUCGGAUGUGGGCCACAACGGGCAGCCGCCCCAGGUGUUUGGCGUGGUGUGGAACAACUUCGUGAAGGACCGCGACGCGCAGGGGCAGGGAGUCAUCCCGCCCACAAUGUUCGUGACGUACGGAGUCAAACACGUCAAGUUCUGGAUCCAAGAGUACGACGAGAGGUCCAAGAAGGAGCGUUACAAGGGCAGCAUGGGCAAGUUCGGGCGGGCUCAGGUGCAGGACGUGCUGAGCGCCGCCUUCGUGUCGGCCGACACCCUGGUCACCGGCUCGCAAUCGGGCGAGCUGCUCAUGUGGGACGUCAGCGGCACCCGCUCCAGGACCGGGCAGUUCGGCUGCUGCAUCAAGGUCAUCCAAGCGCACGGCCCGGGUGUGCCCGCGCCCAGCAUCCACGACGGCACACCCGUGCUGCAGGGCGUGCGCUGCAUGGCCCUGCGCGCCAGCCGCACGGAGCUGGUCACCGGGGGGGCGGACGGGCAGAUCAUCUGCUGGGACAUCACGUCGGGCGAAGUGGGCCGCGUGGUCAAGACUAUCCAGCUGCACGAGCCUGGCGAGAAGGACCCGGCGGUGUUCCGCUCCCUGGACGCGCUGGAGGGCGGGUACGACAUGGUGGCAGGCACCCAGAGGUGCGAGAUCUGGGAGCUGAGCCGGGAUGUGCCCGAGCCGCUGACUCAGGGCCACUCCGCGGACGUGUACGGCCUGGCCUGGCACCCCAGGAAGCCGCACAAGUUCGCCACCGCGUGUGACAGCAUGAACGUGUUCCUCUGGAAUGCACGGCGCCGCCAGCUGCUGGCCAAAGUGAACAUCGGCGUGGAGGCUCGGUCGCUGGCGUUCAGCCCCAACGGCGCGCAUCUGGCAGUGGGCACCAUCACCGGGACGGUCAAGGUGCUGCUUGUGGAGAACCUGACACAAAAGGUUGCGGAGUUGAGCACACUGAAGGAGAUGGUGCACGAGCUCAAGUACUCGCCCGACGGCACCAAGCUGGCGGCGGGCAGCCACGACAACUUCAUUGACAUCUACGACGUCACCCGGCACUACGCCCGCCUGGCUCGCUGCUCGGGCCACAGCUCCUACAUCACGCACCUGGACUGGUCCGCGGACGGCCGCAUCCUGCAGUCCACCUGCGGCGCCUACGAGCUGCUGUACUUCGAGGCCGGCACCGGCAAGCAGGUGCGCCAGAACCAGCGGGACACGCGGUGGGCCUCCUGGACGUGCGCGCUGGGCUUCCCCGUGAUGGGCAUCUGGCGGGACGGCACGGACGGCACUGACAUCAACGCCGUGAGCAGGUCGCACUCCGGGCUCUUCCCCGACACCGACCCCCUGAUGGGGGAGGGCGAGCUGGUGGUGACUGCGGGGGACGACGGCCGUGUGCGGCUCUUCAACUACCCGUGCGUGGUGGAGGACGCGCCCUGCAGGACCUACCUGGGCCACUGCUCGCACGUCAUGAACGUGCGCUUCAGCCCCGACAACCGCUACGUGCUCUCCGUGGGCGGCAAGGACCGAGCGGGCAUGCAGUGGCGGGUGCUGCGGGAGGCGCAGGACGAGGUGGUCCUGCUGAAGCCGCCGCUGCCCGAGGUGUACGUGUACGAGGCGCCCAAGCGGGCCCUGGUGGAUGUGGAGCCGCUGCCGCCGGCGCCUGCACCAGCCCCCAAGGACACCCGCGCGGAGGAGGAGGCCAAGAAGAAGGAGGCGGCUGAGGAGCGGGACCGCAAGCGGCGCGAGAGCCUCCACUCGUACGAGAUCACCACCGUCACCUCGGACAUCAAGGGUGCCGGAACCGAUUCCAACGUCUUCCUGGUGGUGUAUGGCAACAAGAACACCAGCGGCGAGGUGAAGCUGGAGAACGGCCCGGACAACUUCUCCCGCGGCCGCACGGACACCUUCCUGGUGGACCUGCUGCCGCUGGGGGACGUGCACCAGCUGCGCAUUGGACACGACGCCAAGGGCAACAACCCGCGCUGGCACCUGGACCGAGUCGUUGUGAAGAACAAGACCGCCAACACGCCGCCGCUGGUGUUCCCCUGCGGCCAGUGGUUUGCCACCGACAUUGGCGACAAGAAGAUCGUCCGCCUGUUGAAGCUGUCGGGCGCGAUGCAGGAGGCGGGCGAGCCCAAGAUGCUCCGGUACAAGGUGGUGGUGAAGACGAGCGACGUCAAGGGCGCAGGCACCGACGCCAACGUGGCGCUGCAGUUGUUCGGGGAGCACAACGCCAAGAAGUACCAGAGUCCAGCGCUCAAGCUGGAAAACAGCGCCAACAACUUCGAGCGCGGCAUGACGGACACCUUUGAGGUGGAGGCGGCGGUGGGCGAGGUCAAGUACAUCCGCAUUGGUCACGACAACAGCGGUUUCGGAGCCAGCUGGCACCUGCAGGAGGUGCUGCUGUCCACCCCGAGUGCUCCGGACAUGCAGUUUGUAGCCAACAGGUGGUUGUCGGACUCGGAUGGGGACUGCCAAACGUACGUCACGUUGUACCCGGUGGGGAGCAAGGACGUGCCGCUGCCGCACAAGUACCAGAUCACGGUGUUUACAUCGGACCUGCGAGGAGCUGGCACGGACGCCAACGUCGACAUCUCGCUGUUCGGCACCAACUCCACCAUCACCAAUGUCAAGCUGGAAAACUCGAAGAACAAUUUCGAACGGAACGCGGAGGACGUCUUCUUCUUCGAGUUCCCGGACUUGGGAUCCAUCCCUGAGAUCGAGAUCGGACACGACAACUCGGGCCUCAUGCCCGGCUGGCACUGCGCCAAGGUGGUCAUUGAGGAUCAAACCGCCAAGACGCGCUACGUCUACCCCUGCGACCGGUGGUUCGACAAGAGUGAGGAGGACGGGCUCAUCCGGCGGCGCCUCAAGAUGGCGGAGGUGGGCGGUGAGAACACGGACUACACGGUCACAGUCGUUACCUCGGACCUGCGCGGUGCGGGCACGGACGCCAAUGUCUACCUGGAGAUUACGGGCGAGCGCGACGGCAAAGAGAUUACUGGCAAGCGGGUCACUCUUGACAACAGCACCAACAACUUUGAGCGCGCCGCAGUCGACAAGUUCAUGCUGAAGAAGUACCGCAACUGCGGCAACCUAACCAAGAUCCGCAUCGGCCACGACAACGCGGGCAUGGCACCGGGUUGGCACUGUGACUACGUGGAGGUCAUGGACGACGCCACGGGUGUGAGCUACUUCUUCCCCUGCAACAAGUGGUUUGACCGCGGCGAGGACGACCGCGUCAUCGAGCGGGUGCUGCUGGUGGCGCCGCGGGACCCCAAGUCCGGCAAGGCGCAGUACAAGGUGACGGUCUACACCUCGGACAUCAAGUUCGCGGGCACGGACGCCAAUGUGUUCAUCGAGGUGCAUGGAGAGAUGGAUGGUCAGCCGACCACUACCGGCCGUGCCACGCUCAACAACUCGAAGAACAACUUCGAGCGUGCGGCCGUGGACGUGUUCAGCCUCGCCAACCUGCCCAAUGUGGGCGUCAUCAAGCGCAUCGUCAUCGGCCACGACAACUCGGGCCCCGGCGCAGCCUGGCACCUCAACAAGGUGGAUGUGCUGCUGGUCAACACGGGGCAGCAGUGCUCCUUCUACUACAACAACUGGCUCUCACGCGACGACCCGCCCUACAAGACGGAGGUGGAGCUCUUCCCUUCGGACGGAGAGGCGCAGCAGCUCUGCAGGUACACCAUCAUCACCCAGACCUCGGACAUCCGCGGAGCCGGCACCGACGCCAACGUGAGCUGCAUGCUGCUGGGGGACAAGGCCAACACGCCCACCUUUGUGCUGGAGAACUCCAAGAACAACUUCGAGAAGGGGCAGCGCGACGAGUUCGUGUACGAGAGUGUGGACGUGGGCGCCAUCAAGAAGCUGCAGAUCGGGCACGACAACAAGGGCCUGGGGCCCGCCUGGCACCUGGACUAUGUGGAGGUGCUGCAUCAGGCCCGGCAGGAGACGUACUACUUCCUUGCCGACCAGUGGCUGGAUGCCAAACUCAACACGCUCACCAUCACGCUAGAGCCGGCGAAUGCUGCUGGCGCCAAGCAGGUGUACAAGGUGUCUGUGCGCACAAGCGACAAGCGCGGAGCGGGCACGGACGCCGACAUCUCCAUCAUCCUCAUGGGCGCCACCGCCAACAGCGCCGAGCUGAAGCUGGAGUCCUCCGCCAACAACUUCGAGCGCAACCAGACUGACGACUUCUCGCUCAAUCUGGGCCACGUGGACAUCGGCGAGAUCCAGAAGAUCGACAUCGGCUUUGCGACGCAGCAGAGCGCUGCUGGCAAGCUGGGCGGGCUGUUUGGGCAGCAGUGGGGGCUGGAGAGCGUGGAGGUGACGCACAUGAACAGCAAGGCGCGGCAGUUCUUCUACUACGAUGACUGGAUCAACGGCAACAAACGCCGUGUGCAGCUGGUGCCGGGCAAGGCGGGAGGCAGCAACACCUACAAGGUGCGUGUCAAGACGUCGGACAUUCGCGGCGCCGGCACCGACUCCCUCGUCACACUGGCCAUGUUUGGGAAGCUGGAGGAGCAGCCCACCAGCAGCGGCACCAACAAGCUGGAUAACAGCGCUAACAACUUCGAGAGGGGUCAGAUCGACACGUUCAUCAUCAAGUGCAAGGACCUGGGUGACCUGACACACAUCGUGCUCACCAGCGACGGCAGCGGGCUGGGAGCCGCCUGGCACUGCGCCGAGGUGGAGGUGCUGGACACCGUCCGCAACCGCACCACCGUGUUCCCCUGCGCCAAGUGGCUGGACCCCUCCGACAAGGCCUCGCUACAGCAGACGCUGCUGCCCAUGGGCGUGGACGGGGCGCUGGGCAGCCUGCUGCAGUACGAGGUCACGAUCUACACCUCCGACCUGCGAGGAGCGGGUACGGAUGACAACAUAAGCAUCGAGCUGCACGGGUCGCAGGCCUCCACCAGCGCCCUGACCCUUGACACCAGCGCCAACAACUUCGAGCGGGGCAGCAAGGACAUCUUCAAGCUCUCCUUCAUCGAUAUCGGCGAGCUGCAACACGUCAUUGUGAAGAAGGACAACCGCACCAUGGGCAUGGGAGGAGACUGGCACCUGGGGUCCUUGGAGGUGUUCCAUCCAGGCUUGCAGAAGCGCUACUUCAUGAUGUGCAACGACUGGCUGAAGGGCGCCUGCGAGCGCCGGCUGGAGCCCGGCAAGGUCCCCGCCAACGGCAUCUGCACCUACCGUGUGGUGGUCACCACCUCGGAUCUGCGGGGAGCGGGCACGGAUGCGGACGUGAGCAUGCAGCUGUUCGGCGACAAGGGCGACACGGGCGAACGCAAGCUGGACAACAGCACCAACAACUUUGAGCGCAACCAGGUCGAUACGUUCUUCCUCCAAGCGCCGGACGUGGGUAUCUUCCAGUCCCUCCGCAUCGGCCACAACAACUCCGGCUUCGGUUCCGCAUGGCACCUAGCCAAGGUGGAGGUGGUCAACACCAACACCGGCGAGCAGGCGGUGUUCCCCUUCCACAAUUGGAUAGACAAGGAGCACGGCCUCUCGCAGCUGCUCACGCCCGAUCGGGACGGCGACGGCAAGGGCGACGCGCUGGCGGGUGGGCCAAUCGUGGAGUAUACCAUCACCACCAUUACCUCCGACAUGCGGGGUGCGGGCACGGACGCCAACGUGUUCAUCGAGAUGCAUGGCGACAAGGGCGCCAUGGGCGAGACACGGCUCGACAACAACGCCAACAACUUUGAGCGGGGCCGCACCGACACAUUCAAGAUCAAGGGCUCUGAUGUGGGCAACGUGCAAAAGGUGGUCAUCCGGCACGACAACACCGGCAUGGGCUCUGAUUGGCACCUGGAGCAGGUGGAGGUGACCAACCCCAGCACCAGCAAGACCUACUUCUUCCCCUGCAACGACUGGCUGCGCAAGAUAGGCCAGGACGAGAGCGGCCUGCGCAAGGAGCUGCAGGCGGGCAGCCCCGAGCAGAAGGGACCCACGAACUACAAGGUUACGGUGCACACCUCCGACAUCCGGGGAGCGGGCACGGACUCGGACGUCUUCCUCACCAUCUACGGACCCAAUGGCGACACGGGCGAGCGCCUGCUGGACAAUAGCACCAACAACUUUGAACGGAACAAGGUGGACAACUUCAUCAUCUCCAGUGGCAACAUUGGCGCCAUCCAGAAGAUCAAGAUUCGCAGCAGCGGCACGGGCUUGGGUGCAGCAUGGCACCUGAACAAGGUCGAGGUGCAGUCCACCGCCACGGGUGAGAAGCUGGUGUUCCCCUUCGCCAAGUGGGUCGACGAGAAGAACGGACUGGAGCAUGUGUUGUGGCCCGACCGUGACGGCGACGGCAUUCCGGACCCCACCGCCGACGCGGACCUGCUCAAGUAUACGGUUUCGGUGUACACCUCGGACAUCAGAGGUGCUGGCACCGAUGCCAACGUCUUUGUUGAGCUGCACGGCGACAAGGCCUUCGUGGGGAAGACCAACCUGGACACGAACGCCAACAAUUUCGAGCGGGGACGCAAGGACGUCUUCGUAGUUUCGGGGACGGAUGUGGGCGAGCUGCAGAGCAUCGUCAUCGGCCAUGACAACAGCGGUGUGGGCUCUGCCUGGCACCUGAACCAGGUGGAGGUGUGGCACCCCGUGCUGCAGAAGAUGUUUGUCUUCCCCUGCAACGAGUGGCUGGAGCCCAGCAAGGACAAGGGACUGGAGGGCUGCCGCCGCACGCUGCUGACGGGCGCGGCGGCGGCGGGCGCGGGCCUGGUCAGCUAUCGAGUGCUGGUCAAGACGUCCGACCUGCGCGGAGCGGGCACGGACUCGGACGUCUUCCUCACCAUCUACGGACCCAAGGGGGACACGGGCGAGCGGCCUCUGGACAACAGUGCGAACAACUUUGAGCGGGGCAAGACGGACACCUUCAUCCUCACGGGUCCGGACGUGGGGGAGCUGGAGCGCAUCCGGGUCCGCAGCAGCGGCAGCGGACUGGGAGCCGCAUGGCACCUGGAGCAGGUGGACGUGGUGAGCUCCGCCACCAACACGCAGUACUCCUUCCCCUUCCGCGGCUGGCUGGACGACAAGAACGGGCUGGACCACGUGAUCAACCGCGACGGCGGCGCGGGGCCCACCACCGACCUGGUGGAGUACCGCGUGACCACCUUCACGUCCGACAUCAGGGGUGCGGGCACGGACGCCAACGUGUUCAUCGAGCUGCACGGGGAGCUGGGGCCCGUGGGGCAGACGCGGCUGGAGAACGCGGCCAACAACUUCGAGCGCGGCAUGGUGGACAACUUCGUGGUCAAGGGCACCAACAUCGGCGACGUGCAGCGCCUCGUCAUCUGGCAUGACAACAGCGGCUUGGGGCCCGACCUGCACCUGCAGCAGGUUGAGGUGUUCAACACAGCAACCCAGAAGUCGUACUUCUUCCCGUGCAAUGACUGGCUUCGGAAAACCAAGGAGGAGGGAGUGAAGGGGUGCCGGAAGGAGCUGCUGGCAGGGGUGGCUGGUCAGUCGCUCAACAGCUACAAGGUGGAGGUGCAAACCAGCGACGUGCGCGGUGCGGGAACCGACAGCGACGUCACAGUCACGGUGUUUGGCAGCAAGGGCGACACCGGUGCACGGGCGCUGGAGUCGUCCGCAAACGACUUUGAGCGCGGCCAUCUUGACACUUUCUUCUUCACGGCUCCGGACAUUGGCACGAUCCAGAGCUGCCAGGUGGUGUGCAGCGGCACCGGCCUGGGCGCAGCAUGGCACUUGGACCACAUCACAGUCACCAACACCACCACCAGCGAGACCGCGCGCUUCAAGUACGGCGACUGGCUGGACGACAAGAAGGGCUGGACGCACACGCUGCACGCCGACGGUGUGGAUGCGGCCCAGGCGGCCAGCAACCAGGUGGAGUACGAGGUGCAUGUCUUCACAGCGGAUGUGCGCGGAGCGGGCACGGACGGCGACGUCUUCCUGCAAAUCAAGGGCGAGAAGGGCGCCAUGGGCGAAACCAAGCUUGAGAACUCAGCCAACAACUUCGAGCGCAACCGCGAAGACGUGUUCAAGGUCAUGGGCUCGGACAUCGGGAAGCUCACUGAGGUCACCGUGCGGCUGGUUGAGCGUGGCUUUGGUGCUGCCUGGUGCCUGGAGCAAGUGGAGAUCCUGAACAAGAAGACCGGCGAGCGCGCGCUGUUUCGCUACAAGGACUGGCUGCAGGGCGCCAAAACCACCGUCACAAUCCCUGAGGCCAGUACGGAGGCAGCCAAGCAGCAGGCGCCGGGCAAGAUUCGGUGGAAGGUCACCACGCAGACCAGCGACGUGUUCGGCGCCGGCACCGACGCCAACGUGUGGGUGCAAGUGUACGGGCCGAACGGCAUGCUCAACGGUGCGGAAAUCGCGCUGGACAAUUCCAGCAACAAUUUUGAGCGGAAUGCGCUGGACCAGUUCUUCUUUGAGUUCCCGGAGGACAAGGACUGCGGGACGCCCAUCACAAAGUUCAUCGUGGAGCGAGGCGGCAGCGCACUGCCGGGCGCCGACUGGUCGCUGGACUGGGUUGAGGUGACCGACAUGACACGAGGCCACACGUACCGCUGGAAGUGCGGCGCGUGGUUCAGCAGCAAGGACGGCCUCAAGAAGGAGUGGACGGCGGAGAAGGCGGCGGCGGGGGAGCGGCAGCCGCUGGAGCUCAUCGAGUCACCUGCAGGCGUUGCCGGCGCACCCUCCAGCACCGGCGACCGCUACCGCAUCGUAACAGUGACGGGCGAUGUCAUGGGCGCGGGAACGGACGCCAAGGUGGGGCUGCAGUUCGCCGACACUUCCAACGCCACCUGGGCGCCCGCCCUCUCCCAGAACAAGGCCAUGUUCGAGCGCGGCAAGCGAGACGAAUUCUUCGCCACCGCUUCCACCAAGCUGGGCGAGAUGGCCGGUUGCCGCGUGUGGAUUGAGAACCCCGGUCUGGGCGACAACUGGCACCUGGAUCACGUGCUGCUCACGCACCUGCCGUCGCAGCGCGAGUGGCGCUUCGACUGCCGCGACUGGGUGCCCAAGGGUCAGGGGCCGGCGCAGGGCAAGCUGCUGCCGGCAGUGCUGGUGCGAGACGUGCCGCUGGAGGCUCCACCCGCUGCCGCCGCCGAUGCAGCAGCAACCGCUGCGGGUGCGGAGGAGGAUGGAAAGGCGGGUGAAGCCGUCCCGGAGCAACCGCCUCCACCGCCUCCCAGGCCGCUGGUGCAGUACGAGUGCACCAUCGCUACGGGCGACAAGUUCGGUGCAGGGACGGACGCCCUGGUGGGGAUCGAGCUGCUGGGUAGUCUGGGGUCGGCCAAGUACACCUUUGAGCACAGCAAGACGCUGUUUGAGCGCGGCAGCCGGGACCGCUUCCGGCUGACGUUACCGGACGUGGGCGACGUGCAGAGCGUGCGUGCCUGGCAUGAUGGCUCGGGCUUCGGCGCUGACUGGUUCCUGGACCGGGUGACGAUUGAGCACCCGGUGGCAAGCUGCAAGUGGGAGGUUGUGUUCAACGAGUGGAUCAAAGGCGGCGAGAACAAUGGCCGCAGCAAACCGGCGCGCCUGGUGGCAGGUACUGCAGGGGACGCUGAACGGGCGUACGACCAGUUGAAGGCGGCCGCGGCGGCUAAGGAGGAGGCGCGGCGCAAGGCGAUAGACAAGCAGCAGGCUGCGGCGGCAAAGCCGCCUGCAGCCGUGUCGUCGGAGCCUGCUCCGGCUGGUGGGGCGGCCCCUGGCGGCAGCAGUGACACGGCCGCACCACCUGACCGGCCGGCUAAGCGACCUGGGGACGAGGGCAUAUCGAAGCAGGUGCUCAAGCCCGAUGAGUUCGCGCGGCUGCCGCAGAUGCAGCCCGGGGACAGCAAGUACCGAUUCAGCAACGAAGUACGCAACAACCCCGAGCCCACACCGCCUGCCUGGCAGAAGUACGUCGCUCCGUACGCGCAGGACCCGUCGUACAUGGUCACCUACUACUACAACCCCGUCACCAAGGAAAGCACCUUCGAGAAGCCGCCGGAGUAUGCCGAGUGGGAGCGCAAGCACGAUGCGUGGCUUGCGUCCGUCCUCAAGUAGCGUGGAGGCAUUACUGCUAUUUAAAUCCUCCAGCGGAACGUGUGGCAACGUACUGACGGAUAUCCGUCCUGGCAGCCUGUACAGCAACAUUACGUUUCUUUUUAUUUCAUGGGGAUGGGGUACGUCCGAAUUGUUUGCAUGUGACCGUACGGACAUGUGGAAGUGCCGUACAUACCGUGGGAUUGCGUGCUUGCCGGGUACUGAUAUGGGUCGGAACCCUCGGAAGCGUUCACUGGAACUCUCUUCUCAUGUGAAGCACUGUACAUAGCUUGGACCUAGUAGCAGAACUCCGCUCAAUUGCGCAUGCUUGUGCCGCUUUGUGUCCAUUGGCACGUGACAGCGGCUUGUAGCUUUGGGAGUAGCAAGCAAGUAGGUUUAUGUACCGCAGUUGCUGACGAUGGUAGUGAGCUGUGACUGUUUAUGCGUCUUACGCACCGUGUUCGUGCAGGGCCAGCCCAGCCAAGCCUGGAAGCCCACACGUAUGACGUAUCAGGGUGAUCACACUACCUGGCAAGAAGCCGGGAGGACGAGUGGCAGAAGGCUAACCGUGACCGGCAGGCCCAAGUAAAGAAACGCAUUUAUGACCUUCCCAUGCGUGCUGCCUUCAACCGCUACCGCUCUAAGCCGUACGCUACCGUACCGUGCAUGGGUUGGCUGGCUAACCGCGUACUCUUCAAUAGUUGGACCAGUACUUUUGCACUGCUUUGCUCUGGACGUCAGCUUGGGUUGGUACCCGUCGGUUGCUGCCCUGCGCUGGGCGUGUGAUGCUCUGGUGUAAGUGAUGGUCGUGGCAUCUGGGAUUGCCGGGGCUUAUCAAUAGGCCUCCGAAUGACCAAAGGAGCCUGGGCCGCCACUUAUGGCUUCCGUGACUAGGUUGGGUACGCUGUAAUUCGUCGCACAA